UGCUUACAAUUAAGCAGAACGUGGAGCCCAUAGUCCAGCCUGCAGGUUGGUCACUUCAGGUCUACACACAUGCUUGGAUGAGUCGACUUCAGUGACUGCGGAUACCAUUCUUAGUCUUCCAUGGGCAUUGCUGAUUAUUCAUUGUAUUUCGAUUGGAUGCUGAGACGGUGCUGCUGGCUUUCUUCUUGAGAUCUACUCCUGCAUAGCCUCCAGAUUUCUACAUUCCCUUAUUUAAGGGGCAAAGGGGGGACCUUCAUACGUUUGUGGAUCUUCACUGAAUCUCCAAGAUGGAUAGACCGUGAAUUUCCCUUCCUUUCUUUGACUCUAUCCUCGCAGCCCCAUGGCUGACUGAGUAGUGACUCUUUAGUACGUCACCUUCCAUUCCAAAUUCCAGACAACAACUACAGUGCCAACACAAUGCAGAGGCAAGUGGAGGUCAGAAUGCAUGAAAGCCAUUUGGAGCCCAUCGUGGAGCCUCCUCAGCCUAUGUGUUGGGGAAUAUGCAGCAAAAUCAUGAAUAACUUGGUCCUUUUCCUCACCAUCCUUGGUGUGAUCACAGGCUCUGUUUCGGGAAUACUACUGCGUCCCAUGUCGCCGCUCCCCCCUGAUGUGGUCAUGAUCAUCUCGUUCCCAGGAGACAUCCUGAUGAGGAUGCUGAAGAUGCUCAUCCUGCCCCUGAUCAUCUCCAGUCUCAUCACAGGACUGGCAGGGUUGGAUGCCAAGUCCAGUGGCCGCCUGGGCACCCGAGCCAUGGUGUACUACAUGUCCACCACAGUCAUCGCUGCCGCUCUGGGUGUCAUUCUGGUGCUGCUCAUUCACCCAGGUAACCCCAAGCUGAAGUCUAACCUCGGGCCUGGCAAGAAGAACGAUGACGUCUCCAGUCUGGACGCCUUCUUCGAUCUAAUUCGAAACCUUUUCCCAGAAAACCUGGUUCAGGCCUGCUUCCAGCAGAUCCAGACAGUCACCACAAAAGUCCCCGUACCUACCAACAGGACCAGGGGUCCACCACAGUUUACCAUCAAAAGGGCUCUUCAGUACAAGAGUGGGAUGAAUGUGCUAGGUUUGAUCGGUUUCUUUGUGGCUUUCGGGAUAAUCAUGGGGAAGAUGGGAGAAAAGGCCAAGCUCAUGCUGGAGUUUUUUAACGUUCUCAACGAGAUCGUCAUGAGGAUUGUUGGCAUGAUUAUGUGGUAUUCCCCUUUCGGUAUCGCCUGUCUCAUCUGUGGGAAGAUCAUCUCAAUCGAUGAUCUGGAAAUGGUUGCCAGGCAACUGGGAAUGUACAUGGUGACCGUGAUCGUGGGCCUUGUCAUCCACGGUGCCAUAUUUCUACCGCUAAUAUACUUAGUCAUCGUGAAGAAAAACCCCUAUGUCUUCUUCAUGGGAAUCUUCCAGGCCUGGGUCACCGCUAUUGGGACAGCAUCUAGUGCUGGUACCCUGCCAGUCACAUUCCGCUGUCUGGAGGAGAACUUGGGCAUCGAUAAGCGAGUGACACGAUUCGUGCUCCCCGUGGGCGCCACUAUCAACAUGGACGGCACUGCGCUUUACGAGGCCGUGGCAGCCAUCUUCAUCGCCCAGAUGAAUAACAUCGACCUCGACUACGGCCAGAUCGUCACUGUCAGCCUGACAGCAACCUUGGCCAGUGUGGGAGCGGCCAGUAUCCCCAGUGCUGGAUUGGUGACCAUGCUACUGAUCCUAACAGCCGUUGGGUUACCCACCCAAGACAUCAGUCUAUUGGUGGCUGUUGACUGGCUGCUGGAUCGGUUCCGAACCUCCGUCAACGUGGUUGGGGACUCCUACGGGGCCGGUAUCGUUUACCACCUGUCCAAAGACGAGCUCGAUGCGUUUGACGCCGCGCAAAAAGUUGAUGAAUUUGAGUUGACAAAAUCCCAAUCGUUCUUCGAGAACAACACCAACCAGUGUGUUUACGCUGCAGCCCACAGCACAGUCAUGAUAGAUGAUUGCAAGGUAUCCAUGGGCAAUGGAAACGGCCACCCCAACGGCCACCCCAACACUGCAGAUUUCUCUCUUGUUGAGGAGGAACCAUGGAAACGAGAGUAAAGCAGCACCCUGCUCCGACCUCAUCCUGACUUCCACAAGCUUCCCUUCCUGACCAAAAUAAAGAACGUAACCACACUUAGCCCUGUAAUCACAAGCUUUGGUGCAUCAGUCUUACUUCCUGUGGUCUGACUAUGGUCAGUUCAUUGACUAUGGGAUGAAGCUCCCCUCCCACAAAGACAAUGUAGGUACGCAUCCACUUGUACCUAUCUUAAACAAUUAGAUUAGGACUUCCAAAUGACAUUGCUUAAGCUGUGCUGGUGAUUUUUAAGGCAUUGUUUAGUAUAAUGGACCCAUUCAGGUGGUUGUAUUCUGAACCUUACUCGACAGUGCAUGUUCUCUGAUAUACGCAAUGCCGCACUUUUGUUGCUGCUCAACCUUUUGGGGGAAAAGCAAUCCUUCUGUCUGUUUUAUGUAUAAAAAUGUAGGGAUUUUGUUAGCGCCAGAGGCAGUUCAGCGAACGUGUGCUUAUGGGAUGUGGCCUUGCCAGUUGUAUACAAGGACCAGUUGAGGAGUGUUAUGAUGAGAAGCCCCUCCAUGGAGAACCCUCCUGUCAGUCACUACUAUUCCUAUUCCUGACCCUGCACAACCUUAUAACAAUAUGUUCCAGAAACGCUUGAUGUUCCAGGGGUUGCUAGAUAUUCAGUGGUGGUCGAUUCACUUUUCUUUGGUUUCCAGAGUGGCUUUGACGCUUUCUAAACCUGCUGCCUUCUAAUAGCACUAAGAAUUAAAUAACUUAAAGAGCCUUGGUAAUGCACAUUUUCUUAAAGAUAUAAAAAUGGCAAAAACGUCAAGGCAAACACUGAACUAUCUCAAAAAGCCCUUGACUUUACUACUGCCUCUUGUUGCAGUCAACCAAUAGCAGCAAACAGGUUCUGAAAUCGUUAACGUAACAACAUCCCGCAGCAAAGGGAAGCAGAAUGUUGACCAUGUGGCUCCCCCUAGUGACAGAAUAAAAACAAGUGUUGGGUGUGUUGAAGGAGCUACAAUACCUUUGACUUAGAGGAUUAAACUCUGGCAUCGGCACACAUGAUCAGCCUCUAAGCACUGGAGCUUACCUCUGGACUUAACAUCACUAAAUGCCUCCAAAUGUGGCUGCUGCGUAUUUAUAGACAGCCAAAGACGCAAGGUGCAUAUGGACAGCAUUAACAAGACAUGUGCAGAGGCAGGAAGAGAAUUUAAUGUGUUCCCUCCCCUGGCUGUAAGAGGACAAACACACCAACAAUCAAUAUAUUCUAUAUGUUUUUGUGUGUCUGUAUAUAACGUAUACGUGCAUUCGAGUGUGUGUGAAUGUGUGUGUCAAAGAAAGAGUGAAAAAGAGAGAGAACAAAAGACAGAAUAAGAGAUGGUAGAGAGAGAGUAAGAGAUGGUGGAGAGAGAGUAAGAGAUGUCAGGUAGAGAGAGAGUAAGAUAUGGUAGAGAGUGAGUAGGAGAUGGUAGAGAGAGAGAGAGUAAGAGAGAGUAAGAGAUGGUAGAGAGAGAGAGUAAGAGAUGGUAGAGAGAGAGUAGAUGGUAGAGAGAGAGAAGGAGAUUGUAGAGAGAAUAAGAGAUGGUAGAGAGAGUAAGAGAUGGUAGAGAGAGAGAGUAAGAGUUGGCAGAGAGAGAGUAAGAGAUGGUAGAGAGAGAGAGAGAGUAAGAGAUGGUAGAGAGAGAGUAAGAGAUGAUAGAGAGUAAGAGAUGAUAGAGAGAGAGUAAGAGAUGGUAGAGAGAGUAAGAGAUGGUAGAGAGAGAGAGUAAGAGAUGGUAGAGAGAGUAAGAGAUGGUAGAGAGAGUAAGAGAUGGUAGAGAGAGGGAGUAAGAGAUGGUAGAGAGAUGGUAGAGGGAGAGUAGGAGAUGGUAGAGAGAGGGAGUAAGAGAUGGUAGAGAGAGGGAGUAAGAGAUGGUAGAGAGAUGGUAGAGGGAGAGUAGGAGAUGGUAGAGAGAUGGUAGAGAGAUGGUAGAGAGAGGGAGUAGGAGAUGGUAGAGAGGGAGUAGGAGAUGGUAGAGAGAGGGAGUAAGAGAUGGUAGAGAGAUGGUAGAGGGAGAGUAGGAGACGGUAGAGAGAGGGAGUAAGAGAUGGUAGAGAGAUGGUAGAGGGAGAGUAGGAGAUGGUAGAGGGAAUAUAGGCUUGUAAGCCGGUCGGCCCUGAAAGUCAGUGCUUUGUGUGUUUGUAUUUCUAUGCUAAACGACAACCUUGCCUUGUCAACCACAAUCUGUUCAGUCAGUCAGCAUGAUGAUUACGACAAUGUUAAUUACAGUCAAAUAAUCCAUAUCAACAGAAAAUUUGCCCUUCAAUUUGGAUUUGAAAAGUUCAGCUCCAUCUCCAGCAUGCUCAUUUGUGACUCUGAAAGAAAGGAAGGCCGGUCCUCCCUUUACUUCCUCUAAUGUAUGUCGUUUCAACAUGAUAAAUACAAAGACUGAAAAAGUAGCUUGCAAUUACAGAUAGGACUAUUUGGAGCUCGGUGUGUGUGUGUCCAGCACUGCACUGUACAAACCUCUGUACCUGGACCAGUAAGGUUAUAUAACAAGAAGACCAUAACCUAGCAGUGGAUGCUGGGUAGAAUCUCAAUAGGGAACUGAUCUUUACAGCAGUACUGGGUCUCAGAAACACUCUGAGGACGGAACCUGUUGAAGAGCAGCGUUAUCUUACAUCUCCAUGUUCAAAGUGCCUCCUUGCACUUUGUGGAUAUAACAUAUACUAGAUCCAGGUAGAUAUUUAGGUGAAACGUUUUGUAGUGAAUCCUAAACAAAUAUGAUCUCCCAGAGGGUUCUGCUCAGGGUUUCUAUAACGAUAGGAAAACCAUAUGCAAAUGUAGAACUACGUUGUUUGUCCUUUUAUUUUUGGGUAGUAGUCUACUAGUCUCACAGAGAUAUUAACUUUCCAAUGUUAGGUUCUUAUUUUUCAGAGUAAAUAACCCACGGACACUAGAGAAGCUUUAACCAAGUUGAAUUCUUCCCAAAGGUUCUGUACAGCUGUAAUCAGACAACCCAACAUUUGUCCCAUCCAGAUAUUUAUAUCCCACUUAAGACACUCCCUCUCUCCAAUCCUUACAGUAUAUGCCCAACAGGAAGAAGGUAACCAGAUAAGAAACCCUGAUUACUGACCUCAACCCCUCCUUCACCUAAUCCACAGAUGUCCAUCUGUCUUCCCUGUAUCAAACACUUCACCCUCCUCUCCUCCAUCAAACACAUUCCACAGAGAACCCUUAACUUUCUCCUUCUGUCUGUUCACAGAGAACCCUUAACUUUCUCCUUCUGUCUGUCCACAGAGAACCCUUAACUUUCUCCUUCUGUCUGUCCACAGAGAACCCUUAACUUUCUCCUUCUGUCUGUCCACAGAGAACCCUUAACUUUCUCCUUCUGUCUGUCCACAGAGAACCCUUAACUUUCUCCUUCUGUCUGUCCACAGAGAACCCUUAACUUUCUCCUUCUGUCUGUCCACAGCGAACCCUUAACUUUCUCCUUCUGUCUGUCCACAGAGAACCCUUAACUUUCUCCGUUGAUUCUAUGCUUCUUCUCUAUCAUGUAUCUAAUAUCUCAAUGUUCAACAUGUUGAAUCCAACACCAAUAUACAUAUGGAAUCGUUUGGUCUUUUCAGGGAGACAGAUGUAGUUAAUACUCUUAAUGCAGACACAGAAUGAUCCAGAAAAUGGGCUGAAAAGAGAGGAACAAUAAGAGAAAGAAGUGCUGUAUUUUCCACCAAUAUGGACUGGGUGGUGUUAUUUUAGUGUUUGUUUUACAGUAUCGUUGUUACUUUUGUUGUUAGGUUGACAAGAUAAGAGGGAAAAGUCCAAUUAAAGGUGUAGCUUUCUCAGAGUGGCAUCAAGACGACAGGGGCAGGCAUCAACAGAGCUUUGGUGCUGGCAGCUACUGUAUGUAUGUACGUUAGCUGAAUAUCAGGUUCAGGCAACAUUUUUUCAGGCAACCUAUGCACCUAUGCAAAAUGCUCUUGAGUCUUGUCCAGACAUAGCUGAACACUGUUAAACAUCAGUGCUUCAUAAAUUCACUUUAAAUGUUUUCUUUCUCAGUUUGGCUUUUUCCUCUUUUUAUUUUUCUAUGAAUACCUGUUGAAAUGUACAUUUAGACCUUCUUCUGCUGUCUAUUUUCUAUCCUGGAUUUUGAUUCAAUGCACAUAUGUGUCCAAGAACGUGUUGGAACAUUCUUCCUCAUUGUUGUGUAAUCUGUCUGAUGUUGACUGUGUGAAUGUGUGAUUCUAGAAUCUGUCUGAUGUUGACUGUGUGAAUGUGUGGUUCUAGAAUCUGUCUGAUGUUGACUGUGUGAAUGUGUGGUUCUAGAAUCUGUCUGAUGUUGACUGUGUGAAUAUGUGGUUCUAGAAUCUGUCUGAUGUUGACUGUGUGAAUGUGUGAUUCUAGAAUCUGUCUGAUGUUGACUGUGUGAAUGUGUGGUUCUAGAAUCUGUCUGAUGUUGACUGUGUGAAUGUGUGAUUCUAGAAUCUGUCUGAUGUUGACUGUGUGAAUGUGUGGUUCUAGAAUCUGUCUGAUGUUGACUGUGUGAAUGUGUGGUUCUAGAAUCUGUCUGAUGUUGACUGUGUGAAUGUGUGAUUCUAGAAUCUGUCUGAUGUUGACUGUGCGUAUGUGUGGUUCAAGAAUCUGUCUGAUGUUGACUGUGUGAAUGUGUGAUUCUAGAAUCUGUCUGAUGUUGACUGUGUGAAUGUGUGGUUCUAGAAUCUGUCUGAUGUUGACUGUGUGAAUGUGUGGUUCUAGAAUCUGUCUGAUGUUGACUGUGUGAAUGUGUGAUUCUAGAAUCUGUCUGAUGUUGACUGUGCGUAUGUGUGGUUCAAGAAUCUGUCUGAUGUUGACUGUGUGUGAGUGAACUAAAGAAAGUAUGAAUUUAAUUUGUCUAAAACGUAAAAAUAUCAUUUUCUCUGUCAGACAAAUGGACUAAAAGUGUGGUAAAGUGUUUUACUACUUCUUGUGUACAUAUAAUUAUGGAAACCAAUAAAUGUUGAAAUGAAAAAUGAAAAA